AUGCGGUACAUUCUCACCGCUCUCGUUGGUCUAGUGGCUGUUCAGCAGGCUGCAGCCUGCGAUACAUGCGACUGGAAUCAGGCGAACCCGUUCCCGGACUUAUGUGACGAUAAAUGUGACACCCAGAAAAAGAAUGGUAUUGACCUCAGUCAACUGCCCCUUGGCUCUAUUGGCCAAGUUGGCAACUUUCAUUUCUCUGGCUGUGACAUUGGGCAGCUUGGUGGCUCUAGCCAGAAGCAGCAACGAGACUUUGUGCCUCGGGGAGCCUCGUGGAAGCGAUGGGGUACGGACAAGGGCAACGACCAAGGAAAAGACAAGCACGCUGCUUCGGGGCAAGGUCAAAGUUCACCACAGCAGUCUCAACCUAGUAGCGGAGCGAAAUGCGCCAAAGGACCUGCUACCAGCAACGGAGGCCCUGCAUUUGCGUCGCCUCAGAAAUUCACCAUUGACCAUGUGAAAGCGUCCUGCGACAAGGACAAUACUCCGGUCGUCUUCCAUUACAAAUACACCAACAAGGACUCCCCCAAAUACGGCCAAACUUGCUUUCAUCCGGCAACUCUGCAUUCAGGCGAAGCGCAACCCAUUCCUAAUACUCAAUGCGGAGGAGCAGACCAAGUCGAAUGUAGAUUGCCUGAGGAUCAAAAACAGCAACAGCCCUGCCAAGUUGCAUUUCACAGCAUUGGCUUCAAUUGCAAUCAAUGCCCCAAAAAAACACCUUCAAGCUCGCCCCCGAGCUUGCCACCUAGCAAGACGCCCUCGAAACCGGUCACACCACCGCCUUCUUCACCGCCCUUCCCACCGCCUCCAGGAACAUCUCCCAAGUCUCCACCGCCUGGGACUAGCCCUCCACCGCCUCCGCCAGGAACCUCUCCGCCUCCACCUCCACCGCCUGGGACCAGCCCUCCACCGCCUGGGACCAGCCCUCCACCGCCUGGGACCAGCCCUCCACCGCCUGGGACCAGCCCUCCACCGCCUCCGCCAGGAACCUCUCCGCCUCCAUCUAAUACGCCUCCCCAGUCGCCUCCAUCCAACACGCCUCCACCUCCCCCUCCGCCUUCAAACUCUCCUCCUCCACCACCAAGCUCACCCCCCACACCACCUAAGAACUCGACGUUACCCCCCGGUACCGCCCCAGUUCCACCUUCGUCGGUACCGCCCAAGUCUGAGACGACCCCAGAGUCUCCACAGACUCCCACGUCGCCUGUAUCGCCGCCACCAUCUGAGUCUACGCCUCAGUCACCCCAAACCCCAACGGUUCCGGUCUCUCAAUCCACAGUCCCUGUUGUUACAACGGAAAUUGUGUAUACCACGGUCACAAGCUGCUCUGAGACAAAAACGAUUUCUUCCGCUGGAUCCACUAUUGUCAAGGUCAUUCCAACUAUAUCUACCGUCGUCGUUACCAGCACGAAGACUGUUUGCACUAAGUGCGUCCAGCCUCCGCAAACUGAAAGUCCUCACAAAGAGACGAGUUCGAUUCCAAGCUCUCCGCAACAGUCCAACAGCCCGCAGCAGCCAAACAGCCCGCAGCAGUCCAACAGCCCGCAGCAGCCAACCACUCCAAAUAGCCCGGAGCAGCCCAAGACGCCUGAGCAGCCACCACCACCAGCGAAUGCCCCAGGCUUGCUGCCGAGCUGUCUACAAACUUGGCUGACCCUUACCAAAUGCAAGGACAAUUCUGACACGGACUGCUUUUGCAAGGAUAAUAAAUUUACGGAAAAUGUUCAGGGAUGCGUCAACUCUUGGGCUCAACACGCCGACGAGCAGCAAUCUGCGCUUUCCUUCUUGGUCGCUAUUUGUGCACAGCAUGUUCCGCAAAACCCUGGUCUUGUCGCUCAUGUACCCUCUACCAUUACGUUAGCACCAACGCCAUUCUCGAGCCCUCAGAACUCGCCUGUUCAGCCACCAGCUCAAGCACCUGCACAACCCGCUGCUGCAGGUCAAACACCGUCUCCCGCUCCCGCAACUCCUCAAGGCACUAAUCAAGCUCCUGCUGCCGCUCCUGCCGCACCUAUACCUUCAACGGUCAUAACGGUCUCGGCCACUAUCCCAGUGGCAUGUCCAUCUGCCACAGGAGGAGUAAGCCAGCAGGCUGAUGGCCAGCCCAUCCAAGCAGGGGCCGGCGUUAUGCCGUCAGGAAGCUGCACGUCCAACUCGGCAAUCAACACCGUCGUGACCGUUCCUCAAGUCGCUUUCCAGACCUCCAGCUCUGCAGUCGGUCUUGUCGCAGGCCCAACGGCGCCAGCUCCAGCACCAGCAGUUCCAUCAGGAAGCUCUGCUGCUUCGCCUUCAAGUGGUGUGUCACCGCCAUCACCCACUGGAACAAAUGUCACUCCCUUCACCGGAGCGGCAUCCAAGGCUGGGACCAACUCAGUCCUGCUUGUUGUCAUCGCUGCUCUUGGUCUCGCUAUCCUUGCAUAG